AUGAUUAUUGCAGGUGGUUGGGAAAAAUAUGCUGAGGACUAUUGUUUCAUAGCGAACUCUUACUAUGUACCAUUUGAAGAAGAAAUUCCAACUGAUAUUGAUGAUAGAAGGGAUCACAUCAGCUAUUAUCGAUGGGUUCCUAUAAUGUUAGCGCUGCAGGCAGUCAUGUUUUUCAUCCCUAACUGGAUUUGGAAUAUGCUUCACAAGCAAACAGCCAUCAAUCCAAGAGCUUUCUUAAUUGAAGCCGAAAAGAUCAAGUUUGCUGUUGGGGAAAAGAGAGAGCAGGAAAUCAAGUCACUUGCUAACUAUUUCAUGGAUACCGUAGCAGUGUUCACAUAUCCAGGAAAUUACAAACUGAGUAUCCGACGACUCGCAAACCUUCAAAGACACACAGUCCAGUGUGUUAUAAUGAUGAAUAUGAUUAACGAGAAGUUAUACCUGUUUCUAUACUUCUGGUUCCUUUUCUUAGGAGUAGUGACAAUCAUUAACUUUUUCUACUUUCUAACUGUCAUGCUUGUGCCACCUCUCAGAGCCAAGCUUGUCCUCUUCAACAUUGACACGGAUCGCAAUAAAGGCUUGUCGCAAGGAGAAAUGAAGCGAUUCAUCCAUGAAUGCCUUCAUCCCGAUGGAGUGUUGCUAUUGCAGUUCGUCCGCGAGCAUGUUGGAGGCCUAAUGCGUUACACAACAGAGAUUUUCUUCCAGAAGGGCUUGUCGCAGGGAGAAAUGAAGCGAUUCAUCCAUGAAUGUCUUCAUCCCGAUGGAGUUUUGCUAUUGCAGUUUGUCCGCGAACAUGUUGGAGGCCGAAUAGCUUUUGAUCUCGUCAACAGACUUUUUGCUAUGUACGCUGAAAGUGAUGUAAGUUAUUUGAUCACUCCGUCAGAGGAGAAUUCUGAAAGUUAA